UUCCGAUGGGGAAUUCAAUAAUGUUGUAGUUAGUAAUCAGCGCAUUUUAUGUUUAAAUUGACCAGUUACCCACUUUUACUCCUGGUAUUUGGUGGAAGUAGGCCUGAUCGGCAAUAUCAAAGCUGUUAAUUUGAUUUAGCAGUCAGUUUUUUACGUAAGAUAUUAUCUGUUUUGAAUGUCCUCGAGUAGCAUCUGUCGUGCAUCCGUACUACGCUUAUCAACUAUUACUACCGAAACGGACAUGAUAUUUUGAACCGUCAUUAUCAUAUUGACACAAUAAUUGCCGAGCUAUUUAUGUUGUAAUACCAAUAAUUUGCGUGGAGAAAUAUUGUUAGUCUAGACCCUCUCUCCGCAUUUAAUUGCCACGAUUUAUAGUGGAGUUGUUAUUAUAAAAAGUUUCUUAAAUUAGGCGCAUACAAAUCCUUAGUGACAUCGUAUGUUAUAGCACAGAUCCUAGUUUGGUGAGAAGGAUCGUACCACUAGUGUACGCGCCACCGAUUCUAGACUUUAAUGUGUGGGGAUGACUUAUUCAUGGCAAAUUGAUUGGCCGAGCGGUUAAGACGGGAACGCUCGCCUAUGGUUCCGGUGGUGGAACAAGUCUUCUCGGAUAAGGACUCUAAACACAAUUGGCUCGUGUGCACUUUAAAGAAACCAUUACAUCAUGCGAGAAGAGUAGGGGGUUACCCCAGUGUACUGGUCCAUUUCCAGUCCCCUGUCCGGCCACAGAAGGAGCGUUUAUGUCGCGGUCCAUGUCAGGUAUCCAUCCUACCUGCGAAUCCUACCACACUCCGUAAGCAAGAUCAUACACACUAGCUACGUAGUAUGUUGAUUUAAUUCUCUGAUAUUGUGCUAACGAAGAAUUAGUUAGAAACUCAAUGAGUUUGCUGAAAUCAUGUACUGUUAACAAUCACUUUUACCCCAACUUAUAAUGGACUAGUCGAGAGAGUAAACAUUCUCGCACGAGUUAUUGGUUAAUGCCUGGUUGUAAUUGUCAUUAGUCAAGACAAAGUUGGUUGACCUGUGAGAUAGUAAUAUUCGGAAACUGAUUUCGGCGGAAAUUUUUCCAAUUUAUAAAUAUUAAUUUUAUAUUGUGACGGCAGUGUUUGACAGGCUAAUCUUCGAAUGAUCAGAUUGCCUGUACGUAAGUAGUUGACUUGGAAUGGCAACGUCAGUUUUGAAGCACUCAAUCCAAUCGAUAUUGAAGGAAGUUGAUGCAAUCCCUCGAAAAAACCAGUCACCAUUUUCGAGAGAGGGUUUUCGUCCGUUUCGUUGCCACACAUUUAAAUAUUCUACCUUAGUACCCUUCCCCAUCGACCAGCGAGUUGAUAAAUGCGGUUGUGUUACCACAGAAUCCGUAGAAAAGACUACACUGACUUCUGGUAACGUUGCACCCGCGUGUGCUACUGAAAAUGUCAUAUACCACGGAGACGCCUCCCCCGGGUUAGAUGAAACGCCAUUUAGAUCGUCAUUUGAAGGUGUGUCCCGCGGGUUAGAUUUGACUCCAUAUAAGUCGGCAUGUAGUAGGCCUACUAGGCCUACUUGUGUAGGCCUACUACCACAACAGACAGAUCGAUCUGUAAAAGCGCCAGAUUCAUCAAUUAUUAAAGAGAACAGGAAUCCAUGUUUCUAUUCGACGUCUAUUAGCAAUGGUAUCUCAUCGGAAGAUGAUACGAUUGCAUGUAGGGGUGAAUCAACAUCACAUAGGCCCAACAUAGCUUCAAAGCGUUCAGCCUCUCCAUCAGGAACAGACGAUACCUCAUUUGAACAAUCGGAAGAUUGUAAACGACAACGACGAAUGCGGACCACAUUUAACACCGAACAGUUGGCGAGUAUGGAGGAGAUGUUCGCUGUUACACAUUACCCAAAUUUUGAAAUAAGAAAACAACUAUCAGAAGCAACCGAUCUCGAAGAAGAACGCAUUCAAAUAUGGUUUCAGAAUAGACGUGCAAAAUGGCGAAAGUAUGAGAAACUUGGUAAUUUUGGCGGGCUCGAACAUCUCCGAGAAACGGAAGUUGUGCCUGCUCCUAUGUCUACGCCUCUGGCCCAGAUGUCAGUGUUGCCAGUGCCGUCUGCCUGUCAAUCAUACCUGAUCUUAGACCAAGCUCUACCGCCUCAUUUCGACGCAUGUUUAACCAAUCCUUUCGACUUUGGAAGUUAGUACUUCCUACUUUACCUAAAACACCAUCUUCACUGGAUCACACAACAAGAAAAGAAUAAUCGAUCAAUUCAACAUUUUCAAUAUAAUUUUCUUAAAUGACGAAUAUAUGUUAACGUAAUAAUAUGCCAAAUAUUGAUGAUUAUGAUGAUAAUACUACAGUAAUAAAGUCGUUGAUACAUUGAUAAGGAGGGGUAGUAUUUAUAAUUAGGGUGGUGGUGAUGAUGAUGAGGAUGAGGAGCAGGAACAUGAUGAUGAAGAUGAUGGUGAUGAAGAUAAUGAUAAUAAUUAUAAUGGUAAUAAUAUUAGUAUAUGUACAUAAAAUCACAACAACUGUUAUUGCCACCUAAAACUCAUUAAAACCUGAAAAAAAUUGUAAUUGCUCUUUCAGCAAAAAGGCCUGUUUACACUAUGAUGACGAUAACGAUCCACGAUAAAAAGCAAACGUUGAUCGUUAACGUCAUAGUGUAAACAGGCCUUAAGUUAUCAAUUUCAGUUUCCGUCACAGCUAAGAAAAACAAUUUCAACAGACACUUUACUACGAAAAUUUUGAAAUUUUCUGGCCAAAACCUCCAGUAUGAGUAGGCUAUAUUAUAGUACGCUUAUACUAUAAUGGUAUUAUUUGAACGUCCGUUAAUUGAGCGAGGUAUUUUUUUCUCGCCCCAAUUUUCAGGAGACAGCUAUAAUAUGUUAUUGAAAUAUACAGUAAGUUUUAUAUACUGUAGUUUUCAAGUUUAUUAUAAUAUAUACUUGGAUAUCCAUAUAUGUUGCAUCUGUUCACUCCUGUUAGGGCCAUAGGCCUAUACGACAUAUUGGGUUUUGAAAAAAUCUUGUAGAAGCCAUUUCUGCCCUUAAUAGAAUAAUAAUAUGUUAAAUGUACUCACUAUAAAUAUAUUUCUUCAGUCUUCCGCAUCCCGGAUUUCCGAAAUGGCUUAUACAAGAUUUCAAUUCCAUAACCACAAUAUACUUUUUUUUUUAGUAAAGAGUUUUUAAUAAUUUUCUUUAAUACGACAUUAAAUGAUUGAAUGAAGAAUUGAAAUGGC